UGUGGAGAGAAAAGGAAAGUGAUUGGAAAUAUGAAUUAAAAUUAGGUUUUUAUUUUUUAUUUAUUUUUAUUUAUUUAUUUUGUGUGUGUGUGUGCUUGAAUCUAGAACUUCCAACUUUUGCAAUUCAUGAUAUUUUUGUGGGUUUGGUUGUUUCUGAUUGCUUGAAUCUAGAUAUUUUUGUGGGUUUGCAAGGUUGAAUCUGAAUAUCUUUUAAUCUGGUUAUUUUUUGUUGAAUCUGGAUUCUAGAUAUUUUUUCAUUUUGUUGAAUCUUAGAUCAUUUAUUUUUGUGAGUUGUGGAUUGGUGUUGAAAUUGCAAUUCAUCAAUUUUAAACUGUAAACCUUUUUGACAUUUGUGGGUGUUUGGUUGGGUUGGUCAUUGUGUGGGUUUGUAUUUACAGUUUGGCUUCUAACAUGGGUUUGAUUUUGAAAUGAGAAAUGAGUUUUGAUUUUUGAAAUAAGUUGUGUUUCUUAAAUGGAUUUAAUUUUGUAAAAGGUUUUGGGUGUGAAAUAAUACUUGAUCUUCAUGAAAUGGGUUUCAUUUUUUAAAUGGGUUUUGAUUUCAGAAAUGAAUUUUUAUUUUCAGUUUGAUUUCUGACAUGGUUUUGAUUCUUUAAUGGGAAAUGGGUGUUAAUUUCCUAUGAUUUUGAAAAGCUUUUGAUUUAUGAAAUGGGUUUUAAUUUAUGAAAUUAGUUUGAAAUGUUUGUUGUAUGGGUGUAUCUACUUUGACCUUUUGAAUUUUUUGUGGCCUGCAAUUAACUACAUAACCUGUGGCUUUUUAUUCUAUGUUUAAUUUGCUUUUGAAGUUGUGGCACCUGUUGUCAUAUUGGUUGUGCAUUUGAUGAUGGCUGGAGUCACUUAGAUUUAUUUCUUAUGGGUAUAGGUUUAAUGUUAUGAAAGUAUUUAUGUCAUUUCACUUCUUCCUUUUGUUUGUAGAUCCAUUUUCUAUUGCAACUAUAAUGGUAAAUAAAACAAAUGGGAACUCUUUGCUUGGCCAAUAUAAACGAUGGCAACCCAAAGCACAUUAUGAGCUUGGAUGCCAAUUCUGAUAGAGUUCUCUUCCAUUAUAAUGGACAUGGUGUGCCAAAACCAACUGCUAAUGGUGAAAUUUGGGUAUUCAAUAAGUCUGGAAUCAAUACAAUUUGGUACCAAUCGGCAGUGGUGGAUUGGCUUAGAGUGAUGCCUACUGGGUACUCAACCAUUGUCAAUCUUUAACUAGACUCUGAAAAAGGUAUUUUACUUUGAUUGUUUGUUAGAUUGCACUCUCAUACUCAGAUUUUAGUUGGUUUUGCUGAAAGGAAAGCAUUAGUUGCUAUGAUUGAGAACCUAUGGCGGUAAUGGACCCAUGGUGAUCAGGUCUCCGAUUAAUACAUUGUUAAGCUUACUCAUUUUCGUUGUUAUUUUUUUUUUCUCAUUUGACAAUGCCAUUGUUUAUUAAAAAGAGAAACCAUUGUGUGAUAGUGUAUGUGUGCAGACAAGUGGAGUGAGAUCAACCGAUGACGCCAAGCUAGGAUAAGUUCU